AUUGGCACAUAAGAGCAUGAAUACCUAUUGUCUCUGUCCCUUGAGUAGCAGACCAGUGACACGUCUUAAAAUGUGGAAAUAAAGGGAUUUGUCUCAGUCCUGCGGUGCCUUGCAAGGUCUUGUGAGGACAGAAUAUUUUACCCUUUCUCCUCCUCUCGCUACCUUAACAAGUGUCACAAGAGGAGCAUGAGUACCUGGUGUCUCUGUCUCUUGGCCAGCAGACCAGUGACACGCCGUGAAAUGUGAAAAUAAGGGGUUUGUCUGUUGUUAUCAUGUGAAGGCCAAUUGACAUGAGAAGGAAGACUAUUUUUGACUUCCGAAAUGUUAAAUGGAUGUUACUGAUAAGAUAGAUAACAUACACUGCCCACUUGACCCGCACCUGUGUAUAUAUGGUGGGAUCUCGUACAAAUGGUCCCGGUUUAUUCAAGUUUUUAUGCAUAUUUUGGUGUUUCUUUGUAUUGUGAUCAGUUACCACAUGGAGUUAGGUUAAGUUUGGGUGUCUUCAGUGGUAGCGGUCCCGGCUGGAGCUAUGCAUGUGUGUCUGUCUCCCUGGCACUAUGAAAUGCUGGAUGACAACCUCGCGGCUGCCGGCCUCCAAGGUGGUGGUGCUGCUGCUGGUGGGCGUGAGUGGUGUGGUGCUGCUCAUGUACCUCCACCUGGCCAAGGAGGUCUGUACACUGCGGAACUACAUUGAGAGCCACUCCAUGGAGCAGCAGAUGGGCGGGGCAGCACUGGGGCAGGACAGCAGUGACAGCAGCAGCACAAACAACAACAACAUCAACAGCAACUCAGGGCGGGGGAGGGGUGGUGGGGGAGGACGGGGGAAGGGAGGUAGAGGAAGAGGCGGUGGUGGUAGUGGUGGUGGUAGCAGCAGCAUCGGUAACAACAAAGGGCUGGACUUGGACAGCCUGGUGGUGAUCUAUAACCGCAUCCCUAAGACUGGCUCCACAUCCUUCAUUGGCCUCGCCUACGACCUCUGCUCCAAGAAUAAGUUCAGCGUGAUCAACGUGAACACCACCAAGAAGAACCCAACACUGUCUCUCACUGACCAGAUGCGGUUUGUAUACAAUGUCUCCAACUGGGAGGAGAAGAAGCCAGCCAUUUACCACGGUCAUCUGGGCUACCUGGACUUCCACAGAUUUGGGGCAAAGCUUCAGCCACUCUACAUCAAUGUUAUCCGCAAGCCGCUUGAUCGCCUCGUGUCCCACUACUACUUCAUCCGUUACGGAGACGACUUGAGGCCACAGCGAGUGCAGAAGAAAACUGGUGACAAGAUGACCCUGGACGAGUGUGUGGCCAUCCAGCACCAGGACUGCUCCACCACCCACCUCUGGAUGCAGAUUCCCUUCUUCUGUGGACACUAUGCUGAGUGUUGGGUACCGGGAUCCACCUGGGCUCUGGAGUUGGCCAAACACAACCUGGUCCACAACUACUUCUUGGUGGGAGUGACUGAGGAGCUGGAGGAGUUUGUGGCCAUGCUGGAGUACUCCCUGCCACGUAUGUUCAGGGGCGCCCUUGACCUCUAUGUCUCAGGAACCAAGUCACAUAUCCGAAAGACCACAAAGAAGAUUAUGCCCUCUGAGGAAACCAUUGCAAAACUACAAAACACAAAGGUUUGGCGGCUGGAGAAUGAAUUUUACAACUUUGUGCUCGACCACUUCCACUUCAUCCGCAAGAAGACACUGAUGGAGAGUGACGCAGGAGGACUGGUGGACAGGGGACAGAACUUUGUAUAUGGCAAGAUCAAGCCCAGGAAAAGGGUGGAGCCAUGCAAGAAUUCAGCCAAAGCAAAGGACGCAGCAGGAGUAGUGGUGUGCUGAGAGGACAUUUAGUGGUAGUGUGUAGCCUCCUUUUGAUGUAGCUAACACAUAGGGUACUUGACUGCCUUACACUAGUGAACUAAUCUCUCUUUAUAACUCAUCCUCUUGGUGCUAUGAGUCGAGGUGUAAAUACCUACUACCAUCUUGUAUGGCAAUUAGUGAUCACUGUGUCUUGUUCACUCCUUAGGUGGUAGGCCAGCUGUGUGUGUGUCAGAUUUUCAUCUAUCAAUUAAUCUUCAAAUAUCUCAGUAACAAGCAGCCACAGAGGGAGUUGAUGGUUUGUCGUCAUGUGAUUCUUUCAUAGCUAUUAGCGGUGUAAGGUUGAUGAUAGUAUUUUUACAAUGGCAGGAAUGAUGCAUUCUCUGUAAAUAUAAUCCAUGUUUGUACAAAUGUUUUGCAUGACUGUAACUUCUGCAGGACUUGGGCAGUGUUUUGUAUUGUCUUACCAGGAAUACCACACCCUUUGCUCCCUGAGGGUGUGAUGCAUCCACAUACUUCAGUGUUUCAUACAUAACAUUCUGCAAGGUAAUGGGUAUAGUUUUGUAGGAAGUGUUAGAGGGCUGAUGCCAUUUGUACCUAUCUAUUUGUAUAUACUAGUGAUGGGCAAGUACUACACAGUAAUGGAGCCUCUAGCAUGGUUAGUACUGAAACAUUCCCUAGAUUAAGCGAGCCAGCCAUCCGUGUUGGUUGUGUACCAGGCCAUCCAGUUUUCUUCCACUUAGCAUAUAAUAUUACUGAGCUGCUACAAAGUACACCACUUUACACAUAGACCACUUGUUCCAUAGACACGCAUAUUAUAGUACAACUGCAAGUGCUUUUUGUAUGAAUGUAAUAUGUUUUGCAAGCCCCAAGAGUGGGACGUGUUUGCUAAUUGUUUCUUUGUUAUGCCACAAGCAAUCACAUCUGUCACUUGAGUCUGUAGGCUUGUGUUUUGUCUCACUCCAGGCAAAAAACCCCUCAAGUUUUUUGAGAGCCACACUGUGCCCCAGCCUUCCUUGCCGUCUCAUUACUCACUCCCUCACAAGCUGCUGAUGUGGUUGGGGCUCAGUGACUCCCCAUUCUUUUGAUGAUCUGAUGCAUAAGGAACAUUUUGCUUAGUUCAUAUACUGUUAGUAUUAUUUAAAACAUAGACUGUAGUCAGUCCUUGCAAAUCUGUUAGUAUUAUUUAAAACAUAGACUGUAGUCAGUCCUUGUAAAUUAUAAGUUAGGUUCUUGGAUCUGUUAUGCAUGGCAAAUCUCUUGCUCAGUGAUUAAGUUUAAUUUUGGGAAAACAAGGUUAACUUCUCUCAUACUGUCUUUACAACUGGAUUAAUCAGCCCUGCCCUAGAAGCAGCUUGACCUUCUGUCUCCAGGAUGACUGGUGGCCAGCCACAGUUCUCCUUAUCACUCCUUGAGGGUGUCACUCAUGCUGACACCACCAUUUGGGAAGACCUUUAAAUUAAGGUGGCCUUGCCAUUCCUUUGGAAUACCGCAACAUUCCAUGGGCAGGAUUCUGCAGACAGGAAGUUAUCUCAGCCACUCUGCUGAAAGAGGAUUUGGGAGGAGGAUGUUUUUUUUUUGUGGUGCUGUAGUUUUGUCAUUUGCUGCCUCAGGACAACUCCAGUGAACAACAAUCAACCCUGCAGUGUUGAUGUAGAUAUGUGGUUUUACUAUGUGCCUAAGCAUUCAUUGGCUUUCCAUUGGCUGUUAGCUACAAACACUGAAACUUUGCAGGCUUGAUGAGUUCCAACUUGUCAGUAACUGCAGCCAUUAGAGUCAAGAGUACAGUAGCAGGUUGAUAAAUCCUGGAGCCACUUCAAACUCUCAUACAUACAUUUCUAUUUGUAAGGCUGCUGACCAGCAGUCCAGGGUUGUGUGCAAUGUUGUUUUGGCAAUGUAAGUGCAAAAUGGAUGUGUCAAAUAUUGGAUAUUUUACCCAUU